UUUAAGCAGUAACUCUCUUUCUUUAACUGUUAUUUUAAUUUUAUCAUUAUAGUUACUGCUUAUUUGCAUUGCUAUGACUUCUUUAGCUGUAUUACCUCCUUUAAAGAGAUCAAUAACAGAUAUAAUGGAUGAGGAAAUAUAUCAUGACCCAAAUAUUCCUGUCCAAUUUGCCACUGGAUCAGGUUCACCAGUUGCAACGCCUUUAACUAUUAAUAACGCCACGUUAUUUAAUUCAAAUGGUGGCAAUCAAUUCCACUCAUCACAAUACCACCUGAAUCAACAAAAUCAACAAAAUCAACAAAAUCAAUUUUCUUCAGUAGCUUCCUCCCCUAAUAUGAAUUAUGCAUCACUUUUCACUCAGAACAACUCGUCAAAUCAUUCAUUUCCUGAAUUUUUAGAUAAUUUAAAGCAUAAUUAUACAAAUUUAAAUUCAAAUAAUACUGUUAAUCCAUCAUUUAUUGAUUCUAAUAGUUUUAUUAAUUAUAAUGAAUUUAAUAAUAAUGAAAAUACCAAUAAUACUAGUGUUAAUCCAAAUGUUACUGUGGCUUCUUCUAUAAAUCCUUUUACUACUUAUGGUAAUCCUGAUUCAUUUGUCAAAUCACGUCAAGCAACUCCUGCUCCUCAAUAUACUAAUCUUAACUCUAUGUCUUAUGUACCAGUUUCUUUACCUUAUAAUGUGAAUGAUGAUAGUAUGAAUGCUCUUCAUCGUCCUCAAAAGAAGAAGAAGCAAAGUGAGGAUUUCUUAAGCAAUACUAAUAUUAGCCCAUCUCACUUGAUGUCACUUAAUCCAAAUGAUGAUGUGUUGUAUAUUUUUAAUCCAAAUGAAACAAUGGAAAUGGAACCUACAUCUAUCUAUAAUAGAGAUUCUUCAAUAAUAAAUAAUUCAAUAGUUCCUGGGUAUGAAAAUGAUUAUUUAGUUGAACCAGUAGAGGAUGAUGUAUCUGAUGAUGAAGAUAAUGGUGAUGAUUACUAUGUUGAUGACGAUAUGAUGAUGGGAUUUAGUAAUUAUGAAGGAGAUAAUUAUAAUGAAAUAUUUAAUGGACAAGUUCCAGCCCCUAUUCAAAAAUUACAAAGACAUAUUAACGAACAAAAUCAAAAUCAAGAACAGCAUAUACAAGAAGAUCAAUUUCAACAAUUUUCAGAGCAAAAUCAGAUGCAAGGAACUAUAGAAAUCCAACCUGAAGUAUCUUCAUAUUCCCCUGAUUCAAUGCUUGUCCAACAAUAUAGUCUUGAUAGUCUUGAUACAUUACCAAGCUUAACACCUGAUGAAGAAGACAACGAAGAAGAAGAAGAUAACGACUAUAAUAUGGAAGAUGAUAAUUCUCAUCCUCCUGUUUUUUCAAGAAGUAAGAAUCAUGAACCUAAUAAUAAUACUGCAGCAAUGACAGCAGCUGAAAUUUCUGCCAAUAAUCCAAAUCAUUUAUGUGAUUUAAUAAAUCCUUCGACUGGAAAGCCAUGUAAUAGGAAUUUUUCUAGACCAUAUGAUUUAAUUCGUCAUCAAGAAACUAUUCAUGCAUCUAAAAAGAAGAUUUUUAGAUGUGUUAUUUGUGAAGGUAGAUAUAAUGGUGGUUUAGGUAAUGGUAAAGAUAAGACAUUUUCAAGAGCUGAUGCAUUAUCAAGGCAUAUUAAAGUCAAACAUAGAUUAGAUGGUAAGGAAGCCUUAGAUAUUAUUAAUGAAGCUAAAGAAAAUGUUGAAUAUAUUCCUUCGGAAUAGAUUUCAGAUUAUACAUUAUGUUUGGGUUGGGAGUGGUUUUUAUUAUUCUUAUUGGUGGUUUACUUUGAUUUUUCUUCUUUCAUGCAAUUGCAAUUAUAAUUUUAAUUACAGCUAUACUAUACUAGACUAAUUAAAUUAAAUUGGUUGCUAUUUUUGUUUGGAUUUUUAUCAUCUUAUAUAUAUCUUGUCUUAAUUUUAUCAUCUUAUACAUAGUUUAAUACAUUUAAUAUCGUCAUUAGAAGA